AUGCCGAAUAAGCAGUACAACCUUCCGUUUUCCUCUCCUGCCGGGCCGGGACAAAAAUCAAACCAAGAGCCGCAAGCCAAGCCGGCGAAAGAUGAUGGGAGCAAAAAAUGGGCAGAAGAAAAGGCCCAGGCCUGUUUUGACCUCGGUCAAUGUGAUGAUCAGAAAUUUCUCGCAGAAAUCGAGAAACUGGAACGUCUUGCAGCAGACCAAGCAAAGCAGUAUCACGAGGAUGUAGAGGCCGAGGAGGCCGGGAAGGAGAAGGAGCUCAUGCACUCCCACAGCGCAGCUCAGACCGAAAGAGAGGCAAACUGCGCACCCAGCCAUCGAAUGUCCAUCCUCCCACCGACUUUCUGCGGCCUUUCCACCUUCAGAGCUCUGCAGCUCCUGCUUUGCGAGAUGAUUGACCAUCAGCCGGAGAUUCAAUCGCGCAACACGCGCGCAUCUGCCAACCAGAUCGUCCCAGCCCAAACGCAGACUCGCGACCUGCCGCACUAG